GUAAACAACCUACACGGACACCCCAGCAGUGGAGUUAUUUCCAGACUGCUUAACAGGUAAAAGCAUUAUACACAAUUCAGAUCUUUUUACCCUACAAGUGCUGUGCGUCAAACUUUAGAAAAUGCCUCCAGAUGGGAAAUCUGACAUGGAGCGGAUUGGCGUCUUUAAAGAGAUGGGCUACACCUCAAUAGGGGACAAAUACACGUCUUUUAUUUACCGCCCUUUUAAUGACUCUGCGUACAAGAACAAACAGAUGCUAUUAGGAGGAACUAAAUCAAAGUGCGGACUCCAAACAGGAUACUUCGACACACAGUUUAAAAGGAUCUUCGAGAGAGAGGCGUUCACGGAUCCUGUCAGAAUAGACAGACAAUACAGGAUACUGCAGGCCAAAAAGAACAUUGGGAAAGCCUUUCUUCCUAGUAAUGGGGAGAAAACAACAUGUGGAAUGGGCACCUAUUAUGGGACAUUUGGAGGUCCCAUUCAAGCAAUGAGUGCCCUACAGAUCCCAAGAAAACAAAACAAAUCUGCCGGUAAAAACUUCUACACCAAUCCACCCAAGAAAGGAAGUGGUUAUGGCUAUCCUGACAUUACCCUCUCCAAGAUGGUGUCCUAUUCCUCCGACCCCUACGAUCGAGCCAAGGAAAUGCUAAAGCGUGAGAUCACAGCGCACAAAUCCAUGCUGAAAGGUGGAGCAUUUCGUUUGAACCUUCAUCCAAAUGAAUACUUUGACGGCAAUCCUUACAAAUUUGACAAGCCUCUACCCCCUCCAAAGAAGAUUGAGGAGAAAAAGCACUUUGCCGUGCCCUUUAAGCCGAGUUCACCCAGUAAAAAGGCUGGAGGGAUGAAAGCAGGAGCAUUUGAUUCGUACCCCACAUACUCUGCAGAACCCUACGGCACCAAAAAAAAUAAAUCAGUUGUGGCUAAUAAUGAAGUAAAGAUAUUUCACCCCUCUCCUGGUCCAAAGAGCACACCUAUAAAGAGUAUCAUCAGCCUUAAUGUUAACAAGGCUGUGAACUCCACAAACUACAAUCGAAUCCCGUCUGUGAUGUCCUUUUGAGAUCCUGUCAUGUCUCCAGAUAUCCAUUAGCGAGUUGUCUUCAGAAAAUCAAGAGUGACUGUAAAGAAAUAGGCACCCAGAUGACUCAGAGUGGACACAAUGAAAUUGAGAUUGUUCUUCUGACACUACUCAAGCAAAUGGGUGAUGUCUUUGGCUCAACAACAAAGACGCUCUGUUUAAUACAUGGAAACAAAGGGAGCUAUGAGCUAAGAUGAAACCAUUGAGUGACUGGUAGCCGAGCUCCAGUAUAAACAGAAACACGAAUAUAACUAUUUGGGUUUUGUAAGCUAUGCAGCACCUGUGCAGAAAAUUCCCAAGGUGACACAUAAACCCACUAGGGAAGCAUGUAAAGGCAUGCUGAACAUUAGGCAUUAUGUAUGGAGCUACAUCAGGCAUAAUAAAUUAAAGAGAUAGAUGACCUAAAAACAUAUAUUUAUUUAGCUUUUCUUUAAUUCUUUCGCAGAACUAUUAAAUUAAUAAAUAGAAACCAAGAACAUUCUAAAAAA